CCCAGCUAAGGGAAGGUCAGCUAUUUUGGGCUGGCCACUCCUAGCGAAGGGAAAGCCUGUCAAGUUCCUUCUUCCAUGGAGUGUCCUAAAAUAGAAGUCCUGUCUAUUCGUUAGGCUGCACUUUAAUGGAGCACUAAUCAAACCACAGCACAAGUGGGAAACCCAUUGAGAAAGAUUUUUUUUAAAAAAACCCCAACUUCUUUCAAGACUUCAAUUCUUUCGGAAGAACUUCUGGUCCGGCAGUUUAAUCCUCAAUGCGCUGUUUUUCGGGCGAGGUUUUUCUUUCUCUCUAAAAGUAUAGUAUAAAUCUUUCACGUCUGUUUUGUCAAAGAACAACAACCAAUAAACAAACAAAUCAGCAAUGAAAUUGAGAGUCGGGAUAUUUUUUGGAGGCUUAUUUGGAGCUCUUGGAAUCUUGUUCUUUUUGGUUGCCUUUGGAACGGACUAUUGGCUUCUUGCUACAGAGGUUGGAAGGUGUUCAGAAGGCUUGAAUGACACCAGGGUUAGUAUAUAUUUUUAUUCCUCUGAAUGGCAUCUUGCACUAGGACCACAAAGGUGCUUGCUUCUUUCUCACCAGAAAUAUCUCUUACAAAUGAGGAACACUCUGUAUAGGUUACUGUGAGCCUCAUCUAAAUCCUAUUAACAUCCAGGAGAUGAUAUUAUGUGAUUCUCAUCUUGGUCAGUUACGUUCAGAACCAGCAGAGAUAUUAACCCCCCUCCCCAUAAUUUUGUAGGCGUCUUCAGAAACCUUUAUUAACAUUUUUUCUCUAUUUUUUACUUGCCUGUAUGUGUCUAUAUUUGCACAGGGAGUAGAGCUCCACUUGGUGAAUAGCAAUCUACAUGUUUCUUUUAUACAGGAAGAGAGAGUAACUUUCCACCAUGAGGGUUUUUUCUGGAGGUGCUGGUUUGAUGGGAAUGUCGAAGAGAAUGCCCACAGUAUGUUAAAGUUUUGGUACAGUAAGUAUCCCCCCCUUUGUUUGGCAAUAUAAUUUACUUAGAAUUGGUGCUUUUAUUUAAAGUAUGUCUACAUUUCCCAAAAGAGCACUAUUUGUAUAAUGCGCUGGUUCUUAAAGUGGUGGGCAUCAUAGAUGUUUGCUCACACAUUAGGAGCGACAAUGUUGUGAUGUUUCGCAGUGAUCACAGAGGGAUCCCUUUGGUGCAAUUCUACAAAUGCUUGUACAAGUACAUUAUUCAAAUGUGUUUGCAACAGCUCGUACAAGAGUUCACACACUUCUGUACUAUAGCAUUUGUCAACAGCCAGGAUAGAUGGGGCUGAUGAGAAUUGUAGUCCAAAACCCCGCAGAGUCUUUUCUGUUGGGGAUAAUUCAGACUGAAAUUCCCAGGUGUCAAAAAAAGGUUAUUUAUGUAUGCCACGACUGCGGUCUGUGUUUUGUUAGCCCCUAAAUGGAAAAUGGGUGAGGUCCCAACCAAAGAAAAUGGCAACUUAAGUUGACAGAAUAUGCGCAGCUUGAAGACUUAACAUAUAGAAUAAGAGAACGAGAAGAACAUAGGUUUAGAGAAGACUGGAAAAUGUUUAUUGAAUAUAUGGGAAAUAACUGUGUGCAGCUGAAAACGCUGGCAGCAUUAAGAUAAAUUCAACAGUGUAAAUAAGUUUUGAUGUAUGUAAUAAUGGAAUACUGAAUGGUAUAGUUUUUGUAAAAUAUGCAGGGAUUUAUAAUAUGUAAAAUGAACCAUGAAAAGAGAAGAAGGGAAGUCUUUGAUAUCUUAAGAAGAAGAAGAGUUUGGAUUUGAUAUCCCACUUUAUCACUACCCGAAGGAGUCUCAAAGCGGCUAACAUUCUCCUUUCCCUUCCUCCCCCACAACAAACACUCUGUGAGGUGAGUGGGGCUGAGAGACUUCAGAGAAGUGUGACUGGCCCAAGGUCACCCAGCAGUUGCAUGUGGAGGAGCGGAGACGCGAACCCGGUUCCCCAGAUUACGAGACUACCGCUCUUAACCACUACACCACACCGGCUCUCAUGUAAAAAUGAGUACUUUAAAUUGUAAAACAGAAUAUAUAUAUAUAUAUAUAUAUAUAUAUAUAUAUAUAUAUAUGAAUUGUAGUCCAAAAUAUAUGGAGGGCACCAGGUUGGCAAAGGCUCUUGCACUAGGUUUUACAUAAUUUUGGAUGCCUCUGCUUGUUCAAGAGGUUGAACAGGUAGGAGAAUAUACUUGGAUUUGGGUUUACUUUACUCAUGCACCACUCUAGCCCAAAAUAUAUUUGAUUUAUAUUGCAAACCCACAGGCAGGCAGGGUCUUUUUUUUUAGUUUGUACUGCACCUCAUUAUCCUGGGAGCUUUAAAAAUAACGAAUCAUAAUGAAAAACAGGUGGCAUGCAGGACAGAUUAAAUGAUGGCGUAUGAGCUGCUUGCAGUGCUUGACAAGUUCAAGUAUGAUAGCUAUUAAUUAUUUUAUGGAAAUCUGCAUGGCCCUCCUUUCAAUAUAAUGCACAAGAACGCUUCGCAAUAACAUAAUUUACAACCAUACAAUCAGUAAACAGUAGCAAUACUUUAGCCAAACAACAAAACACAAGAAUAGCCGCUUAGUGCAGGUGUAGCCAAUAUGAAAUAAUAAUCUGGGUCUUUUGAAAAAAAUGUUUUGAGAUUUUUUUUCUUUAAAAAAUGUUUUAAAUGUUUAAAACAAAGCAAAACAUUUGUUUGGAUUGCUUUGCAGUUUUGUUGUUUGCCACACUAAGCCCAUUUGGGAAGAAGAGCAGGAUAGAAAUUAAAUAAAGAGGUAGAUAAAGGAAUAUUGUGUCCUCCAGCUCUCAUAAUCUCUGCCCAUUAGUUGAGGUUAAUGGGAGUGGAGGUUUAAAAUAUCUGGAUAACACCCCACUGACUACAGUGGUACCUUGGUUUUCGAACAUAAUCCGUUCCAGAAGACUGUUCAAGUUCCGAAACGUUCGAAGACUGAAAACUCAAAAUGGAAGCCUCAAAGCGGAAAUCUCAAUACGGAAGCUGUGUUUCCGGUUCGACUUCUGAGACACAUUCGAAAACCGAAGAAUUUACUUCCGGGUUUACGGCGUUCGAGUUCUGAAACGUUAGUCAACGGAGACGUUUGAAAAUCGAGGUACCACUGUACCCCAUACUUACUCAAUGUAUGCACUUUAAGGCACAUUAUAUAACAAAAGCCUUCUUUGUUGUUUAAUAAAACAGCAAUAAAACAUCACAAUAGCUAGAAAGCUAGGAACUGAUAUAAAUAAUUGGAAAAAGCUGGAAAAGAGGCAUGUUUUGAAUGGUAAGCGAAAGCAUCCAAUAUCCGUUGCCUGCCUGAUGUCCAUCGGAGUUUGUUGUACCAUGGAUAAAUCCCUUCUCUGUAUCACUGUAAAGAUAGACAUGUCUAGGUCAUGGUAUGUCUAACGGCUUCCUCUGCAGAUUCCAAUAAAUGCAGGACAGUAGUUUUAAUGUGUGCGGUUGCUGUUUUUCAGCAAACCAGUCACCUACGAAAAACUGCACCCAUGCCUAUCUCUCUCCGUUUCCGUUCUUCCGAGAUGAGCACAAUUCAACUGCCUACAACUCGGCAAUUAGUAAGUAUUUUCCUGUUCACUACUGUGUCAAUAGCGCUAUCGCUUUCACGACUUGCAUGAGAGCUCUCCUGUUGGAAAACAGAAUCCUAGGCUAAAAGGACCAUGCUGCAAUCUGAGUAAAGAUUAGUUCAUGGGGAGGCAAACUAAGGCCUGGGGGCUGGAUCUGGUCCAAGCGCCUUCUAAAUCCGGCCCACGGAUGGUCCAGGAAUCAGUGUGUUUUUACAUGAGUAGAAUGUGUCCUUUUAUUCUAAAUGCAUCUCUGGGUUAUUUGUGGGGCCUGCCUGGUGUUUUUACGUGAGUAGAAUAUGUGCUUUUAAUUAAAAUGCAUCUCUGGGUUAUUUGUGGGGCAUAGGAAUUCAUUCCCCCCCCCAAAAAAAAUAGUACGGCCCCCCACAAGGUCUGAGGGACAGUGGACCGGCCCCCUGCUGAAAAAGUUUGCCGACCCCUGGCUUAGUUGAUUUUCACCCACUAUUUCAUAUGUUUCAAUCAAUAUAAUUUGCCAUUGCCAUUUCAUUAAUGAUCGCUAUACAGCAGCACCUCCUAAAUGUGUGCAUUGAAACUGAUUCUCAUCUACCAUAAGUGCUUUAAUUGGAAAAAAAAGUCCUACUUACACCUUGUUCCAUUUCUGUGAUGUAAGCUUUUGUGUCAUGUGAUUUGAUUUGGCGUCAUAUACUAUUUUAUUUUUUAUUGGGACGCGUGUGGCGCUGUGGGUUAAACCACAGAGCCUAGGACUCGCCGAUGAGAAGGUCAGCGGUUCGAAUCCCUGCGACGGGGUGAGCUCCCAUUGCUCGGUCCCUGCUCCUGCCAACCUAGCAGUUCGAAAGCAUGCCAAAGUGCAAGUAGAUAAAUAGGUACCACUCCGGCGGGAAGGUAAAGAGGAGCUCCCUCAGCCAAUAAAGCGAGAUGAGCGCCGCAACCCCAGAGUCGGCCACGACUGGACCUAAUGGUCAGGGGUCUCUUUACCUUUACUAUUUUAUAAAGCAUGUGUUGUGUUUAAACAUUGGUGCUGUUUCAAAUUGACCUAAUUGCACCAAGACAUCAGUACUUAAAAUUGCAUUAUCUUUGAUUUUAAACGAUCCACAGAAAUGUAGCUUCCUGACUGUUCUAUUGCUGCCUCAAAGGCAAUAACAAUUUGUUAACCCAUUCUAAAUAGUCGUGCCUAUCUAGAAGAAAACAUGAAUAAAUUUGCUGUUAUUUCUGGCUUACUUGCACACAUUCUUAGGCUGCAAGCUCAUUCCCACUUACAUAGUAGGAGUAAGCUUCACUGAACUCAAUGGGGCUUACUUCUAUGUAAAAUGUAUAGGAUUGCAGUGUUUAUGAUACUUGGGAAUCACCAUGACACAGAAAUGCUCAUCUUUAAUUUCUUCAUAUGGACCAAUCUCAUUGCUAACUACGAUCUUAAGAUUUUCACUACCCAGAGCAAUAGGAUUAAAUAAAUGUUCAGGUUUUAAAUUGCUGUUUUCCAGAGACAAUUGAAAAUGUGGAGUUCUAAAAUUUAGAUCUAAUAUUCGCCAUAAGCCGGCACUACCACAUAACAAGUCAGUUCACAGUGAAGAAGUAAUGCAACUACAGUGGUACCUCGGGUUACAUACACUUCAGGUUACAGACUCCGCUAACCCAGAAAUAGUGCUUCAGGUUAAGAACUUUGCUUCAGGAUGAGAACAGAAAUCGUGCUACGGCGGCGCAGCGGCAGCAGGAGGCCCCAUUAGCUAAUGUGGUGCUUCAGGUUAAGAACAGUUUCAGGUUAAGUACAGACCUCCGGAACGAAUUAAGUACUUAACCCGAGGUACCACUGUAUUAUUAUUAUACAGCAUUUGAUAUAUUGUUGUUUGUCUUUGGGGCCCUGCAUUCUUCUUCUUAGAAUCCCUUUUCGUGUCCUCAGCUACCCAUUUCCCAAGGUAACUCUUAAUUUCCAAGACAAGAAGUAUGCGGCAAAGUAUUUGUCACCUUUGCUUACAAUGUGUGCACACUGAAGAUUAUAUGUGUUCUGAGUGUUAAGCGCAUUGCAUUUCUCAGUCUAUUUGUCACUGAUGGAUGCUUGACAUUCCAUUUCUGUUAAACGUUAUCUCCCAUUACAUCUUUUAAUUCUAACUAUAGCAUACUCGUCUACUGUCCCACUGAGCGGGACAUCCCAAAAUGAUAGGCUCCACACUGGCUUCUGAUGGGAUCCUGGGAUAUCCUGCUUUGGUUUCUGCAAGAGUGUGGCCCCAAAGAUGCCUGCUUUGGAGGGCCAGGAUCUUGUGCAAGUCACCUGGCUCCCACGGGAGUGUGGCCCCAAAAUAUGCACGUUCUGAUUUUCUUCUGUGGGAUGUUGGAGGGAGGGUAUGCUAUGGUGAUAUUAUGCAUUUUUAAAUGUCUUUUCCCAGCUGGGCAUAAAACAAGGACUACAAGUCUUCUAGCCUGAUAUACAGUAUAUGUUUACUGAAAGGUGAAUCCCACUGAACUCAAGGAAUCUUACUCCCAAGUAAACAUAAGCAGGAUUGCAGGCCUUAUCUGGUGUUAUUAAUCCCACAUGCCUAUGCAAGUAUGAUAAAACAGAAACAUUAUUUCUACCGCUUAAAGUUAGCAGAUAAUUCUUUUCAGGCUGAAACUGCAGGCAGGCAGCUGCACCUGAUAGAUCUUCUCAGAAAUCUAUGCAAAUGUGACCCUUCUAUAGUUUGCAUUUUGCCUUGUGCUGUGUGUUGAUGUGAAGCGUUCCAGAUUCUGUAUUUGCAAAUGGGAAAAAGCACAUUUUAAAAAACAACAACCAAGCACCCUUGAUAAAGACAGUUGUUUCUGUUAGCUGUGAGGAACAGCAACUGAAAAUUGUGGGCCUCAUUCUGGAAACUGCUCUUUGCUUUCAGACAUGUCGUCUCUGAGAUUUUUAAAUAAGUGAGCACAUAUUGAUUGAACAAAUAAUUGAUUAAGAGCCAAACAGUCGUCUAGAAUAUUGAUUUUUUUAAAAAAAUAAUAAUAAUACAGCCAUAAAGAACAACUUUUCUGAACAAUCAUGAAUCGAAAAUACAAAAAACCCACUAACUCCUAUUUGGUGAUGAUAAUAAUAUAUUAGUUAUGGCCAGUGCUAUUUUUCUAGAAAAAGUGGUUCCAGGAUUCACCAUGGACACUUCCCUCGUUCUCUUAGAAUGGAAAUGGCGCCUACCUGAGAGAUGCCGGAAUGAUAUUGCUAUUUGAGAAAUCAGACUUGGGUACAGCCCAUUCAGUUCUGUCUUCCUUGUCCUGUCCUGACUCAAUUAUAUUUUUAGCUUUGGGUAACAUUGCCAAGGCAAGUGCUGUGACACGAUGAAGAAAAAUGUUGCACAGUUAAGUUAUGGAAACUAUUCUCUGUCAUCCUGUUGCAACAACACAGAGUAGCCAGACAUGGAAUACCAAGCCCUGGUCGAAUUUCUCUGCUACUUUCCUACACUGCUUCACUUUAGAAAGAUUUUGAAUGUAAAUAUUGGAAAUAAAACUGAUUUAUAUACAGUAUGGGAGACAUACUAUAAUAUCUGUAAACUGCUGUUUAUGUGCGGCAGUGGAAGAUAUAGGGCAUUAUGUACUGUACUGUUCCUGUAGUCUAAACCACUGAGCCUCUUGGGCUUGCCGAUUGGAAGGUCGGCGGUUUGAAUCCCCGUGACGGAGUGAGCUCCCAUUGUUCUGUCCCAGCUCCUGCCAACUUAGCAGUUCAAAAGCACACCAGUGCAAGUACAGUGGUACCUUGGUUGUCAAACGGCUUGGCCCCUGAACAAAUCGGCUCCCAGACGCCGCAAACCCGGAAGUAAGUGUUCCGGUUUGCAAAGGUUUUUUGGAAGCCAAACAUCCGACGCGGCUUCCAGUUGAGUGCAGGAAGCUCCUGCAGCCAAUUGGAAGCUGUGCCUUGGUUUUUGAAUGGUUCUAGGAGAUGAAAGGACUCCCGGAAUGGAUUAAGUUAGAGAUCCAAGGUACUGCUGUAGAUAAAUAGGUACCGCUGCAGCAGGAAGGUAAACGGCGUUUCCGUGCGCUCUGGUUUCCGUCACGGUGUUCCGUUGCACCAGAAGCAGUUUAGUCAUGCUGGCCACUUGACCCAGAAAGCUGUCUGUGGGAAAAUGCUGGCUCCCUCGGCCUGAAAACGAGAUGAGCGCUGCAACCCCAUAGCUGCCUUUAACUGAACUUAACCAUCCAGGGAUCCUUUACCUUUUACCUUUUACUGUUCCCAGGGAUGGAUUUCUCAAAUGGAUUCUUCAGAGAGUUUUCUUUUCUGAACUGUAGGGAGAAAAUGUGUUACUUGCUGAUAGAUGGGGUUAACUAUACUACAUAAAAGGUUUCUGUGUUUGCUUUGGUAGACAAAAUUUCAUUGCACAACAUGGGGCCCCCUGUGAUAAUGCUAGGUGGCGCUGUGGGUUAAACCACAGAGCCUAGGGCUUGCCAAUCAGAAAGUCAGCAGUUCGAAUCCCCGCAACGGGGUGAGCUCCCGUUGCUCAGUCCCAGCUCCUGCCAACCUAGCAGUUCGAAAGCAUGCCAUAGUGCAAGUAGAUAAAUAGGCAGCACUCCGGCGAGAAGGUAAACGGCGUUUCCAUGUGCUGCUCUGGUUCGCCAGAAGCGGCUUAGUCAUGCUGGCCACAUGACCUGGAAGCUGUACGUCGGCUCCCUUGGCCAAUAAAGCGAGAUGAGCACUGCUACCACAGAGUUGUCUGCAACUAGACCUAACGGUCAGGGGUCCCUUUACCUUUACCUUGAUCUAACUAGCCUCCCAACUGAUGACCAAAGUUUUUAAGCAAAUAAUUUAAACUGUCCAACUGAUAUAUGGAAGAUAAUUUGUAUGAGGUUGUAUCCAGCUCUGUUUGAAACUUCCUCUCCUCCGUCUGGCAGUCUUAUGUUCCCCCCAAUAUCUGCUCUGAAGAGUUGUGGAUCCUUUUGAGCAGAUCUUGGGAAGGCUGCAGGAGGCUGCAGGAGGAGGAAAGGAAGAAGACCCAUUGUGUGAGUGGAUUCAACCCAUAGUAUUUAAGUACAGUCUCAUGAUUGCACAGUCACCUGAAGACAACUGAUAAAUAGCCCAAUUUCUACAUGCAUAUGUGGGCAAAUGGUAAAACCUUAUAGAAAAAAAUUAUAGGAAUUAAUGAAGUUUAAUUGGAGUGAUAUAUUAUCCACACCAAGGUGUCAGAGCAGAUAGCAAUAUAUUAACUAUCUUACCUUAUCUCUAUGUUGCACUAUUUCUAGUAGUUUGAAUGAACACGAUCAACCAAUAAAAUAGAAUGAAAAGCUCUUACACCAUUUAAAUAAGGCAUGCUUUGAUGAAUCACCAGUGGAAAAGACUUCUAAAGUUGAGGACCUUCAUGGUUCAGGAUAAUCUAAACAAAUAAUCUACGCAAAAUAGGCAUAAAUGCCAUGCCCCAAAGUAGAAAGGUUCUCCACAUUUGAACCUGCCUACAGUCUUCAGUUUUAAAAGGCCUCAUUACAUGUCCUGGUACCAUCACAGAGCACAAUGUUCGUGGGCAUCAAGGAUUGGGUCUACUCAGUGCCAACUACAUUGCGGGCAUGUCUAACUUUCAUGACUUCCAACAAUUGUUUGGUUGUUGUUUUUCCUUAUGGAAUUUUUGUCUGUAGCCACAAAUGAAGUUCAACAAGUAGUUGCGAAAAACAAUUUGGCCAAAGUAAUAAAUUCCAGGGUGUGGCAAGGUGGGGUGCUUGUCAUGCAAGAAUAUAUUUUUAAAACAAUGGAAUGACCUACAAUGACUCUAUAUCUAUCAUCUAUCUAUCUAUAUCAUCUAUCAUCUAUCUAUCUAUCUAUCUAUCUAUCUAUCUAUCUAUCUAUCUCUAGCAUCUAGUUAUUUAAUAUAUUUUUAGAAUUAUAUCUAUCUGCAGAAUAGUUAUAAACGAAGGAAACUAAAGGUCAAUUUAUGAAAUGAAAAUACAAAUGUCUGCCUCCAUUGAAGAUAAUAUAUACAGUGUGGAUUGCUAGAAUUCUCAUAUACUGUAAGAUUUAUGAGACAUCGUCAGUCACAUAUGAUUGGUUGAAUGAGUAUAGGUUGUCUUAGUUCAGUGAUACUAAUACCAAAACCUGGUAUUAAACUGUUUUUGAUAUCCACUUAUUAAACUUAAACUGUCACCCGUGAUACAUAGGCCUACACUUUCUUUCCUUAUCUCCUCCAUUUUAGCUCUAGGAAAACAGGCUAUAAAAUAAUUUGUCUAACAAGAAGAAUUGAUAUUCCCCUUUUUACAAUGUACAGAACGAAUUUAUUUCCGCGGCCACGGUCUUUAAAGUGUCUCCGAAAAUAGAUGUGUAAUUAAGCAGCUAAAUUAUUGUGUUAUGAACAUUUUUGGGGGGCCACCAUAUGUCACAAAACUCUCAGCCCAUUUAUCACCAGCUGCUUCCAUUAAUUCAGCAUUGCUUGCCCUUGGCUCAAUGAGAUUCUGUAGUUUUGCAUUUUGAAUUGAAUAAUAUACAAAGAACUGAAUGGCUAUGGCGAUAGGCAGACUUGACUUCCUCGUUUGAUAUAUCCCCCCCCCCCCCCGGUUGUCCUGUUGGUGUUUUCAGUUUCAUUUUAAAAACCACACACCAGUGUAUUUCCCCCCAAAAUACACAAGCUUCACGAAAUCUCUGUGGUUGUUUUUUUUUAAGCAGGAAGGAUUCUGAAUCCUUAAACUGGCCCUGGCCUAGGAAUGCUCAAAUGAGCUUUCUUUCUUGUGUCUGUUUCUACUUUGGUGAACUUGGUUGUUAUCUAGCGAAACCGUAUAAUUAUCUAGAAGAAUCUUGGCUACAGUUCAGCACACCAUUUUAUGAACCAUUUCCAUUCCCCAAGUAAACGAACUUAUUAACCGCACACGUAUACUGUAUACUUAUUAACCGUAUACACGUAUACUUAACGUUAUUAUAUUCCAAGAUCAUCCGAUAGGAUUUGGCGUUCAAGUCUAAUGAAAGACAUACGGCGUCUUAGAUCACUAAGGCACAGGAAGCCGUGUUAGAAUAAAUGAUCAGCUUUGGUGAUGAAGAAAAUGAAAAUGGGAGGCAGGGACGGGACUUCAUAAAAUGGCCUUGUGUUGUAAGGAUGUUUUUGAAAAAUCCUCUUUCUGUAUCUUUCCUGCCUUCCCCUGAUAACCUCUAGUUUAUCGUGGCUUCUGGUCUGUUCUCAUGUUGCUGGGAGUGGUCACUGUGGUCGUGGCGAGCUUCUUCAUCAUCUGCGCUGCACCCUUUGGUAGCCACGCAUUGUACAAAGUUGGGGGAGGCUUUUUCAUCACUGCUGGUAAGUGUUAAACGUUUCAAUCCAAAUUCAACCACCCCUGCUCCUUUAAAAAAACACAAAAAACACCUUGCAACAUUUGGCCUAGAAUUGUGGGUUUGGCUUUUUUUUAAAAAAACAAAACAGAACAAAACAAAAAUGCACAUCAAGGGAAUUCUGCGUGCUAUUUUGGAGGUUUUCUGGCAGAAGGCUCGCAGAAGAAAAUGGGAACUGGGGAAGAAUUGGGAGAGUUCAUGUUGCAGCUAUGGUUCGCUUCAAUAGGUCUAGACCAGGCAUAGGCAAAGCCCGGCCCUCCAGAUGUUUGGGACUACAAUUCCCAUCAUCCCUAGUUAACAGGACCAGUGGUCAGGGAUGGUGGGAACUGUAGUCCCAAACAUCUGGAGGGCCGAAGUUGGCCUAUGCCUGGUCUAGGGCAAAUAAUAAUAAUAAUAAUAAUAAUAAUAAUAAUAAUAAUAGAAUCAUAGGAUAAUAGAAUUGUAGAGCUGGAAGGGUCAUCUAGUCCAAUCUCCUGCAAUGCAUAAUAAUUUUAUGUAAUUAUGUAAUAUAUGUGUAAUCGUACUAAUAAUUUAUAUAAUGCAAGAAGGGCACACAAGAUAUUAUUAAGUGGUAAUAAAGUAGGAUGGUUCUAGGAUUGAUCUAGCGUUCUGAAUCCGUCUUCCAACACUACAUAAGACAUUCAUUCCCAGGCCUUCGUGGUUAGAAGGAUUAUAAUGUCAAGAAAAGGGAACAGUGCCAAGGCCACACUGUCAUGGAAUCACAGAAUUGUACAAUUGGUAGCAACCACGAGGGUCAUCUAGUCAAACGACCUGCAAUGCAGGAAUCUCUUUUUGCCCAGCGUGGGGCUCAAACCCACAACCCUGAGAGUAAGAGUCUCACGGUCUAAAUCUGGGAAAGCUUUUUCAUGUAGUUUUCUUGGUGGUCUGUGUGAUUUGCCUGUGAGGACCAGUAUGUCAAGAAAAUGCUUGGCUUGGGUUUAGAACACCUGAAAAGAAAUUCCUACUUGCCCAAGAAAGCUUAUUGCUAUUGUCUCUAAUCUCUGUUUCUUUAAUCAAUAAGAUGGUAAUAAUAGACAAUAUAAAGCACUUUCUGGACUAAGUAUUGGAGGAAAUGUUUGCAUUGUGGCUCUGCUUUUGCAAGAUGUGCUUUUGUAGUUUGUGGCCAGUGUCUGUUUGCACAUAAUCCAAGAAUUCAUGCCCAAUGCAUCAGCGUAGCAGUUUGGUACUGUUCAGAAUCUCCUGCUUUUCAGUUCCUGUUGAUAUGCAUUAUUUCAAAGUAUUUGGAGCAGGGAUGGGAGACCACAGGUUUAUGGGCCAAAUGUCGCCCUCCAGGACUCCUUAUCCGACCCUUGAGCCCAGGCAAUAUUCCCCUCAUAGGCCACCCCCCCUUUCCUCAGCCCCUCCUUGCCAGCCCUGAUCCAUGCCCACCCUGACUGCUUUUGCCUGACUAGAACGUGUCCUUGAGCUGUGGCAGUGCCUCUUGCUUGUCUGUGUUGAGAGAUUUGUGUGUAGAAACCUCCGACAUUGGCAUGGCUGAAACAUGGCCUACAGUACAAAAGUAGGAAUCACAGCUGUCGCCCUGCCCUAUGGCACCAGCCAACACUGGUAUGUGACCCAUGUCCUUCAACAUUUUGAGUCCCAAAAACAGGACGCAUGUCUUCUUGCCCAUGCUCCUGCGUGAGUCACAUGAUCUGCGCAAGGAUCCAAAAGACACUUUUUUUUCCUGGGACGUGCAUGCAUAGCACCCAAAAACGUGUUUUAUGGGGGGCAUCACACAAGAUCAUGGUGUUUUUUUGGAGCAAAAUCUCGGUGCAAAAUUGCACGAGAUGACAGUACUCAAAAUGGCUGCCAUGCUCUCUUGUGAGAAAAUGGGAUGUCCUGUUUUUUUCUGGGAUGCUUGUGGGGUAUUGUGCGGGGGGCCCCAGAUUACUCAUGGUGAGAUGUGGCCCUCAAACUAAAAAAAGCUUCCCCCUCCCUGAUUGAGAGGUACUCUGUUGUCUAGACUGUAUUCAAAUCUAGAGGGCCACAUGCAAAGCCCUCAAGCCAGAAUAAUUGUCAAGAAAUUAUUCUCUCUGCUCCCAACCAUGACGACUGAUUGUAUGGGGGCAAAUCCAUUUAUUCUCAGGGAGCUUCUGGUUUACAAUUUGAAUGCAGCAAGGUUUGUAAUUGAAACAUUUCCGCUGAGAUCCUAUAGCCACUUAACCUGAGAUUAAGCCCCUGGAAUUUACAUUCUGAGUUUACCUGUACAGAAGUGCGCUGCGAGUCUCAUGUAUGGGGUGCAAACCACCAACACCCUAAUGCCAGGCACAAACUGGAAUUUGCUCCCACAAGAGGAAAUGAUGGCCACCAACUUGGAUGUCUUUGCAAGAGGGUUGGACAAGCUGAUGGACAAUAAAGCUAUCCAAAUCUAGCCAUGACAGCUGUGUUUUACCCCCACUGUUGGAGGUACUUUGCCUCUGAAUCAGAGAUGGAGACAAUGCUGUUCUGCUCAGAUCCUUCCUUCAGGCUUCCCGUUGACAUCUGGUUGGCCACUGUGCGAACAGGAUGCCACUGGCCUCAUCCUGCAGGGCUUUUCUUAUGUUCUUGUGUUCAGAGUAGAGACUUGAGUUGGCAGCAAAGGACCUUCAACCGUGCAAGUCUUCUGAGGUUGGUGCAAAAACGCCUGCUUCGGUUUCUGUUCCUUGCCUGCUGUUCCCUAGGCCUGUUCAGCCACUUGUUUGUGGAACACUUUGGUUCCUUCUAUUCGUCUCUAUCAUUACAGAGACAGCUGUGCGAAUAGUUUUUUCUUCUCCUUUUGCUACUAAGCUCAUGCUAAAUUACACCCUCAGAUUUUCUGCCAGCCUCUCGCUGCAGUAACUUGGAUCUUACGAAAAGUCUCAACAGCGGAACUUCUCGGUUAUUGACUCGCGUAGAGAAAGUAUCAGUACGUAGCCCGACGACACCCACAGUGGGAGCAAAGUCUGCGAGGUAAACCUGUGAGCAAAACAAUUGCUUACAAAUCAGCAUAGUUCUACAUUUACCAGCGGCACCCGCCUGAGGCUCCUGUCACUCUCUACAGCACCUGUUGACUUCUUGUCUGCGCAGUGGAAGCUUUGUGCCAUAAACAGCCAUUCACAGCUGAGGAGCAAAAGACAUUUUGCUGUGCAGGAAGAACAAGGAAGGCCUGAAAAUUGCUCUUGAAUUCCUAGGCAUUUAUAAAGAUUCUGUGUUCUUUUUCUCUUCCCGCAAUGAGCAGAAGUGUGUGUGUGUGUGUGUGUGUGUGUGCAUGAAACAGAUUAAAAAGAAUAAAUGUUAAUGGCAGAAAUGACUGACCUCCGAGGAGCCUGGGUCUUAUCUCAUUCCACAGUGCUGUGUAUCAAACAUGGGCCUCCUUUAAAAAUAAAAUAGGAAAAUAGAAAAGGCACGGGGAGAGGGGAAAAAAAGAAUGAAAGUGCUUAUUUAUCCUAAUCUCUCUGAGACAUAUAUUUUACUUUUUAAAAAUAAUUGCCCCCAGUCGCUUGUGAUUCACUGCAGCUUUUUUCUUUUUUUAAAAAAAUCCUGUUUGACUAAACAACAGAUAUUUGUGCCCCAAGCAAAGGUCUAACAAGCUGAAAACGAAGAAAUAUGUUUGCAGCCGGAAAUGUUUCUAAAAAUGCUUGCUUCUUGAAGUUGAUGGCAGGGAUGAGGUUAAUCUCAGCCACCGGGCUCGAAAACACGGCCCUUCCUGACAAUUGUCAGCAUGAGAGGCUGAGAACAGCCUUCCCAAAAUAAAUACAUUCCGUUUGACACGUCCCGCUUCAUAAUGAACUGACAUUGCAAUUAGACUUGCAGUAGAUCCUCUCCUGCCUUUCAAAGCAUGAUAAAUGUUCUGAAAGAAGAAAGGCAAGAAAGAAAGGCAGGCAAACAGAGAUAGCUUAAGGUUACAGGAAGUGGCUUCAGCAAGUUAUGAUGUGACUGGAUGUUAGUUCCUAAAUAGUAGUUUUACGAAGAUGACGCUGGAUGCAUGCCUAGUGGGAUAGGACCCUAUCAUAUGUACAUUUGCUCUGUAUGGCACUUCAUCUGAACUCUGCUCAUGUCCAUAUUGGUCCCUAUUCACCACAUUUCCCCCCAGCUUUCAAUGCUAUUGAGGACACACCGAUAUCAAGCUGAUUGUGGGGUGCAGUUUGACAGUGACUUAUUGCAAACCUGCAUGUGUGCGGGUUCCCAGAGAGAUGAUCACGGCUGCCGUUCUCCUCCUUUGGCCCUCUUGCUGCUGUUCUGCCAUGAGCUGAGCGAUGGUUUGGCUUCGUGCGGCCUCUGAGCAUGGGUGUCACACAAACCACAAGCUGUGAGGAAGUUUUGUUCUUGGGUUUGCAGCUCAUGGUUUGUCUGGUGGAGACAAACCAUUUGUGCUAAGGCUUGGUUUGGCUUAGUGUUAGGGGGAAACUUGACCGUUGUCCUUCACUGGCUAUACCAAGCAUUUCUCAAGCAAACUGAGCCAUCAUAUAUCUUUACUAAAACUUAUUUUUUCCCUCCUUCCUUCAGGUAUUGUCUUCACAUUGGUGGUAAUCCUUUACGUCAUCUGGGUCCAGGCAAUGGCUGAUCUUGAAAACUAUGUGAAUAUGAAGAAAAUAGACUGUCCUGAUUUUUCUGUCUAUGUGCGUUAUGGCUGGUCUUUUAUACUGGCUCUAGUUGGAAUUUUUUUUACCAUGUUUUCAGGAAUGCUGUUCCUACUGGUAGGGCGUACAAUUUAUCUGCACUCUGAUUAAUCAGAUGUCGGCUGUUUGAAAUGUUGGAAUUAUGGCGAGGUUUUGCUGAAAAGCUAUUUUUAUACAUUAUCCCUCUUAUAGCCAUGUGUUUGCUGGUGCUAUUCUAGAUCUGCUUACGUAGCUAAUGCAAUCCCAUGCAUAUCUACUCAGAUGUAAGUCCUACUGAGUUCAGCGAAGCUUAUAUCCAGGUACGUCCUUAUAGGAUUUGCGGUCUCAGUUAUAUAUCCUUGUCAUAAAGGAAUAGUGACAUAAAUUAGACUGUUCAAAUUCCUUCAGAUCUUGAUGAACUGCAUGCAACACACGAGAUAUUUUGCAACUUCAUGUCUCUGUGUUGAACGCACUGGGGGUCAGAUAAAAAUAUGAAAUGAUUCAUAUAAGAAUUUUGGCUUAGGGCCAAUUCAACCAUUAUCUUCUUAAUGAAGGAAUAUGCAAUGAAACCACACCUCCUGCUCAUCUAUAUUAGCCACAGAAGAAGGGAAUGGGAAGCACAGGCUGUAGAUCACCCUUCCAGUAGUCGCCUAGCAUUCACCUUGUGCCAAUGUGCCAUUCUUUUAGCAAGGCCAGAACUCUUGCCUCUUGCUUGCCACAAAUCUAGUCUCAAGUGACAGUGCUUGGCUCAUCUUAACAAUGGCUACUUUCCUUUGAUGUACGAUUGUAUUUCUCCAUGCUCAGAGUCUCCUUCCAAGGGGAAGGUUUGUGUGCUUCGAUAGGAAUCGUCAUGGUUGGUAAGUGAGGUGCAGGUGUUAACGCUGGCUAGGUUUGUGAUGAGCGCAGGAUCUGGUCGUGGCAAGGCAACGGGAAAGUGAAUGCUGUAACUCCCAUCUGCAAGCAACUGUGCUGCUUCCUGGAAGAAUGAAACCUAUUCCCAUCUCCCUGUGGCUAACCUAAGCAAAAGUAAACUCAGUCAUGUGUGUUCCCUCAUUAGGAAAGGAAAUGUGUGAAUUAGUCCUGGUUCUGCUUAUGCAGAACAAAGCAAGUGUCCACAGAAUCCCUUAAUCACCCAUUAUUUAUUCUUUCGGUAUUUGGCAUUAGCUUUAAUAUGAACAAAUAUUUCUGCAGUUGCCCAUGUAUUGCUUUAGCCAAUGUGGCAGUAGUACAGAAGGCCAGGUCGCUGAAUUAGUGCUGUGGUGCUGCUAUGAAUACAGAACUGUUUGUAUGCUUUCAUGUGGUCCAAGUCAUAAACAUUCAGUGUAAUGGAACUGGGAAGUUUAUGGGUCAUUUAGUUCAGUUCUCUGGAAUAGCAGAUUCCCCUUUCCCCCGUGGGCUUAACAACAAUACAUGCUUUUCUGCUGUCCGUUGUAUAUUUUUAAUUAUUUUUGCUUCCCUCUGUACUUUAUGGCUUGACUUGUUUGGCCAAGUCACCUUGACUGGUGUCCAUCAGUCACCUUCUUGCAGCCAGCCUGCUUUCUUCUUUUGACAUACAAGGAAAUCUGGGAACCAUGCAACGGAUAUGUGAAAUCUCACAAUGUGAAAAGGGUAUCUGAAACCUGCUGACAAUGUGAGAAGCUUGCCACUUCCACCACACAUGGAUGCCUGGACCUCUGAAGAAGCAGGAAGUGUGGUAAUGUGUGUCCUUCCAAAUUAGCUGGAGACUGUCAAUAACUCUGCCCCUUUCCCUUAAUAUCUAUAGGCCGCUGAUGGAGAAACGGCCCGGCCUUUCAGCCAAGCCUGGUGUUGGCACCUGGAAUCUCUGGCCCAAUUGCCAGCCCUGCACCCCCAUUUUUUCCUCGUCUGACACUCUAGCCACCUUUUUAAUUUCCCAUGAUGCUUCUGGUGUAGCACUCUUCUGGGGCAUUGAGAGAAAUUUAAAGGCUGACCAGGCCUUGUUGUUCAGUGCUGUUGGAGGGCUGCCAUCACAAGCCCACCAGGAACCACUGACAGGGAAGGCGGCCCACCAGAAGCUACUUUGUCCAAAGAGGAGUCAUGCUUGCUGUGUUGAGUGCAACUACAUGGCCCUGUAUACCUGAAGGAGCAUCUUCACCCCCAUCGUUCAGCCCAGACACUGAGGUCUAGCUCCAAGGGCCUUCUGGUGGUUCCCUCAUUGAGAGAAGUGAGGUUACAGGGAACCAGGCAGGGGGCCUUCUCAGUAGUGGCACCCACUCUGUGGAAUGCCCUCCCAUCAGAUGUCAAGAUGAUACGACCUUUAGAAGACAUCUGAAGGUAGCCCUGUAUAUGGAAGACUUUUAAUGUGUAAUGUUUUAUUAUGUUUUUAUAUAUGUUGGAAGCCGCCCAGAGUGGCUGGGGCAACCCAGUCAGAUAGGCGGGGUACAAAUAAUAAAAUUAUUAUUAAUAUUAUUGUUAUUAUUAUUGGUAUUUGCUCCCUUCAAAUUCUUGCGAUUCUGUAGUUAUCCUGUUUCUUAUUAAAGCCAUCCAACCAGACAAAGACCUUCCAUAAGUUUACUAAGCAACUUGCUCUAUAGGCUACAUUUUAUUUGCAGUAUGCAAAUAAAAUGUAUGAUGAUGUACAAUACGACUUACUUAUAAAUAAAUUUGUGGAAGUCCGGUAGCCCAGUCCAGGAAUUCCAUGCAGCUCCAUUUCUCAGUCUCCCAAGCGCUUAUUCCCUUUGAAGUGACUGGGGAAUCUCCAUGUCCAGAAGUUCUAUUUGUGUCUAUCAGAGCCUGAGAGAGAGAGAGAGAGAGCUUCAGAUCCUCAUCAGCUUUAUAUUUAUUGCAUGAUCUGUCCCAGGAGGAUGGGAUUAACAACUCACAAGUCUGCCAAAUCCACAUCCUUAAAAUCCGGGCAGAUUUUUCAAAGAUAGACUCCUUCUUUCAGCAUUACAUGAUGACUGGAUACCUUUAAACAUAUAAAUAUAUAUAUAUUCGACAUGUGUUUUUAUGUAAAAAUGGCUUGCUAUGUUCUACUUUUUUAAAAAAAUAAAAAGUUAAUUAAGAAAAGAUCAGCACAAAGGAAGCUUUCUUCCCCACCACUCCCUCCAGCCAAUCCAUGAAGUUGAAUUCCAUUAUUUUAGCACACUCUGUCAUUUGCUUCUCUGUGUACUUUGCUUAUUUUAGUUGCUAUGGUUAUAUUCUAUCUUAUCCCCCCCCCAUGGAUUUCCAGGUGGUGUCCAGUGUUUCCAAGCCAUUUCCCGUUCAGUGACUGGCCACAUCUAGACAUACAGCACAAUUCAAAGUGUUGGUGCUGACCUUGAAAGCCCUAAACGGCCUCGACCCUGUAUACUUGAAGGAGUGUCCCCACCCCCAUCGUUCAGCCCAGACACUGAGAUCCAGCACUGAGGGCCUUCUGGCGGUUCCCUCACUGUGAGAAGAGAGGUUACAGGGAACCAGGCAGAGGGCCUUCUCGGUGGUGGCGCCCAUCCUGUGGAAUGCCCUCCCAUCAGAUGUCAAGGAAAUAAGUAGUAGGUGUGUGGCAGACAGAGGGAAAAGGAGCAUCUUGUGCUAGUGGAGCCAGACAUUUUGCUGUUGGAGGUGGAUUACCAAAUGAGAAACCCAUCUUCCACACUAGGGGUAGAUCUACACACAGGAAAAAAACAUGCUAUAAAUAAGUCUGAAAUAAAACCGUUAUAACAAAAGGAAAAAAACACUAUGGAAAAUUGCAUUGUUUGUUUUUUUGCUCUCCAGCGUCAUCUGGUGUUGCAUGUUUAUGAGGAAUUCGGGUGGCGCUGUGCUCUAAACCACUGAGCUUCUUGAGCUUGCUGUUCGGAAGGUUGGCGAUUCGAAUCUCGGUGAUGGGGUGAGCUCCCAUUGCUCUGUCUCAGCUGCUGCCAACCUAGCAGUUCGAAAGCAUACCAGUGCAAGUAGAUAAAUAGGUAUUGCUGCGGCGG